UGCUGAACAUUAUAGUCGUGCCAGUAAAAACGUUUACUAGCAGUACUUUUAAUAUUGUAACCAGAGAGGUUUCAAGUGCCGUGUGGAAUCAUGUUCUACAUUGAUUCCCAUUAAAACAGCACGCAUUUUUCUGUCACUUGUCAAGACGCAGCAUCACAGACACAGCAUCACAGACACCGCAGGACACGACUAGCAGCGGAACGACAGAGGAAGGCGAACAUUGUGAGGAUAUCUGGACUUUUAUCGGCGUUACUGGUUAUUUUCUUAGCAUUAGAAAUGUUUCAGGACCACUGGUUUGGUAUCUGUUAGGAAUAGGUUAUUCUAGUUGAUGAAAUGACGAAGAUAUGUUAUAUAAGGCGAAUAACGGAGAUCAGACAGAAUUUAACGUUGGCCUCACAAGAAUCGCAUGUGAUACCUCGACUGUACUGCUCUCUAGUAUGGCACAUCUUUAGUUUAGGUAGCUAUCCAGAUAGCUAAUAAUACUUACUGGAUUUGUUUUUCUUGGAACACGAACGUGAUUUUACGGUUACAUCUAAUCUCUAAUAGAUUCAACUGACGUUAGCUAGUUUGGUAGCCGUUUUAAAUGCUGGUGUAUCCGGUAUUGUGUACAUUUAAUUUAGCGAGCUAGGCGGCUAACAAGCUAACGUUACCAACAUUUUGAUGUAGUAUGCGUAAAAGAAGAAUUGCCAAAAUUCUGGCCAAUGUUUACUAGGUCAUAGAAUACAGUAGCUUGUAAUUCUAAUAAUUAUAGCUAGGUAAUUAACGUUGGCUAUUAAAUAAAUCCAGCCGGUUUACCCAUGGUUUUUGUAGGUUUAUAAUCCAAUCAGACAUAAAUUGUCUUCAUGUGAAAUGAGCCCACGUCCUAAUUUAGAAACAAAGAAUUAACAUUAGGCCACUUGAGACUAGGUUAAGCUGCUUAAAGUUUUUUUUUUAGUUUUUAGUUUAGCUUUAUAACUCGCUAGAUACAGUAGCUUGAAAACGUCGGGAUCUUGCCUGGCUACCUUCUAAAUCGCCGUUUUCCGUGCCGCCACAAUGGACAGUCACACCGAUGAUGACAGUAUGAGAGUCGGGGAGGUGGAACCCAUGCCUGGCUAUACGGGUCUCGUAACGAGAGCGUCUGCUGUGAUGCUCAAUGCCUUGAGAGACUGCAGCGCGUGCGGUCUAGAGCUCUCUAAAAGGACGCUCCUGGAUAACGCUUAUAUUACAUGGACCGAAAUCGGCCUUUUCUUCAUGUGCGCCGUUAUGUGGACGCAGAUACGACGGGGACUAACAGAAUGUCUGUUCAAGCCGUUUGCACAAUGGUGUUGUCUCCAGCCCAAAGAUACUGCCAAGAUGCCAGAGAGCGCGUGGAAGCUGGUCUUCUACACCAUGUCCUGGUCCUACAGCACCUACCUGCUCUUCUUCACCAACUACACCUUCUUCCAUGACCCGCCCUCUGCAUUCUAUGACUGGAAGAGUGGCAUGACGGUGCCCACGGACAUCGCCAUCGCCUACCUGAUCCAGGGCAGUUUCUACGGACACUCCAUCUACGCCACGGUCUACAUGGAUGACUGGAGGAAGGAUUCUACCGUCAUGGUGGUGCACCACGUUGUCACUCUGGCCCUCAUCACCUUCUCCUACGCUUUCAGAUUCCACAGCAUUGGGUUACUGGUGCUGUUCCUCCACGACAUCAAUGACAUCCAGCUGGAGUUCACCAAGCUCAACGUCUACUUCAAGACCCGGGGAGGGGACUACUACCUCAUCCACGACAUCCUGUCCAACAUGGGCUCUGUCAGCUUCAGCAUCACCUGGUUUUGGUUCCGUCUCUACUGGUUCCCUCUGAAGGUUCUGUACGCCACCUGUGUGUCCAGUCUCCAGUCCGUCCCAAACAUUCCCUUCUAUUUCUUCUUCAACAGCCUCCUCUUGACACUCCUCUGCAUGAAUAUCUACUGGUUUUUGUUCAUAGUGGCAUUUGUAGCGAAGGUCCUGACGGGGCAGAUGAAGGAUGUGAAAGACCUGAGGGAGUACGAGGGUGAGGAGGGAGCUCAGAGGGCUGCAGCCCUGCUCAUGGCCCAGCAGCGGCUGCAGAGUGAAGAUGCAGGACAUCUCAACAACUCUGCUGAAGGGAAGCACGUGCAGAACGGGAUCACCAAGGAGAAGCAUCUAUAAAGGCCUCUCUAGUUCCACCUCCUGGCACGACCUAGAUUGUUUCAAGUGACUAGAGGUCUCGCAAAAAGGAUUAAAAAACAAUUGAUAACUUUUAUUUCUUUUUUUCCCCCGUCGUGUUCUAUAGAUUUUUUUAUUUUAUUAUAUCACUGGGAAUGUUAUUUCAGGUGACAUUUGUCUUAUAUUAACAUUACGUUUGAAGAAAAAAAAAAGUGAGUUUCGGGAA